GUCAUCUUCCCGCGCCGUUCUGUCUUUUCCGUCUGCCUGUUUGAAAAUGGCUUCUACGGUGUGGAAGGGGAUUGUCGGUUUCGGGCUGGUAGCUUUAGCUCAUGCAGCUUUCUCAGCAGCACAGCAUCGAUCUUAUAUGCGACUCACAGAGAAGGAGAAUGAAACUUUACCAAUAGAUAUUGUUUUACAGACUUUGUUAGCAUUUGUAAUAAGCUGUUACGGCAUAGUCCACAUUGCCGGAGAUUUUAAGGACAUGGACGCCUCUUCAGAGCUGCAGAACAAAUCCUUCGACACGUUGCAACAUCCAUCUUUCUACAUGUUCAACCACCGGGGCAGAGUGCUCUUCCAGUCACGGGAGCCGGACCCCAGACUGACCCCUCAAGCCCUGUCAUCCGACCCUGUCCGACAACGCAAGCUGCAGUUCCACUGAUGCUGGCCUCCUCCUUUACCCUUUUCUAUUCCUUUUUCCCACGUAAACAGACUGGCUCCUUCUUUGGUGGGCCGGAGUGGUAUGGGAGGUCAGGGUCUGAACAGCCUGCUGAUUUUAAAUUUUUUCUCCCCUCGUCCUCAUACUCCAGUAAUUCUUGAAGCACGUUCCGUGACCAACAGAUGCAAAUGUUUAACCCCAAGGACUGUGCCAAGUUCUUACAAGUAAAUAAAUGUUUGGAUAUGGCCAUAAAAUCCUAAAGGACUCCGUGGUUCGCUCUCAUUCCAGACACCUGCAUAAACGGUUGCAGUGAAAGUGGUUACUCUCAAGAUUUACAACAUCCAAAACACUCCUUACGUUGUGUCCAGGCAGCGCUUCUCGCUGUCAUGCAUGUCUACCUUGUGCAUUGUGGUUUUCGAUUAAAACGAAAAUUAAUUUCCAUA